AUAGUUUUGAAGUUUUAUUGUAGUACAUAGUUGCAGUACGAAGAAUUUACUCUGUAUUUAAAUAAUUUUCAUGCCAGUAAUUGAUAAUUUUUUUAUAAUUAUUGGAUGUUAAAUUGUCGAUUGAAAUUUCCUUUUAAUUGAGAAUUAUGAAGACUUAUAGUAAAAUUCUUUCAUUCGUAGAAAAUAUGUGUCUGUUAGACCAAUUGGAUAUCAAUUCCUCUUGUUUUUAAGAAAUAAUACUACCACUACCGAAUCUUUUGCUACCACUAUACUUAUUAGGUAUUGGAAGAUAAAAUGACUUCGUUACAUCUUCAAAAGGAUAAGAAAAGAGCCCAAGAUGAAAUGCGUCGACUUAUGGCAGAAAGACGUAAAAAGGACUUAAAACCAAUCCAAAUUAAUAAUCCUCUAGCAAAGUACAAUAAUGCUGGGCAGUUGACGUGUGUACUGUGUUCGUCUAUAGUCCGAUCUGAACAAGUUUGGCCGGUACAUGUGAAUAGCAAGCAACAUAGAGAAAAUGUUGAAAAUGCAAAGAAAUUAAAAGAAAAAACUAAUAAUUUUACUACUGGGAAAUUAAAGCAUAAACUAUCAGAUCCUUCAACUGAUGCAGGGGCAUCAGUUGAAAAGAAAAUUAAAGGCAUUUUGAAAAACGCAGGACAAGUUCCGCAACUAAUAAGUGUCUCUAAUAAAGCUCCUCAAAUUAUAACCUCUCACAAUGAAGAGAUAAAAAGAGCUCCAUUAAAUAUGAAUAUUGUUUAUUCUGUAACAAAAGAUGAACCUGAUGAAAAAGUUAAAGCGGAGCUAACUGCAGAACAGCCAAUACCAGAAGGAUUUUUUGAUGACCCUAUUUUAGAUGCUAAGGUUAGGAACAUUGAAUAUAAAGAUCCUGUUGAAGAAGAAUGGGAGAAAUUUCAAAAAGAAAUUAAGGAGGAAGCUAGUGCGUCUGCAGAAAUUAUAGCUGGUGAACAAGAAGAAGCUACCGCUGAAAGGCAAAUUGACGAAAUUGAUGAACAAAUCCGAAAUUGGAACAAAGUUUUGGAUUUAGAGAUGAAAAAGGAAGAAACUAAAAAGCAAAGACAGGAGAUAGAGCAUAUGAGUGAAAAUGAAGAUUCUGACUCUAAUAAUGAUGAUAAUAUCGAUGAAUUUCUAGAUUGGCGUGCAAAAAGAUCGUAACAGUUUUGGUCUUCGAUCUUCAAAACUGACAUGUGACAUGUUUCACGUUUGCUUGUUGUUAUAAGUGAUCUAAAUGUACCUUCGCAUUGUACGGCUAUCCGGAUGUGGGUAGUUGCCUGGGUCACCGCAAUCAACAAUAUGUAUGUUAUGAAAAUACUAAGUGGUUCUAACGAUCUUAUAUUAGAUUCUAGUGUAAUAAAUAAACUUAUAUUCA